UUCAACGGUGGAUGGAAGAACACCAAAUUCGUUAUACGAAAAAACCGUGCCGAGCCGGAAGUGUGCGAGGUGGAAGCUCCCGACAUUCUCAACGCUGGCGAGUUCCGUGGACUCUGGAUUAAGUGGCUUGAUGAUAUAAUCACCGUCUGUAUAGAAGGAGUUGUUUUCUAUGUUACGAGAACCUUGAUCCAUUUCCAAUCAAUCGGUGUUUGCACCGGUUGGGGUGCCACUGGCUCGAAAGAGCCACUGUUCGUCGGUCAUGUAUCGCACGAGAGAACUCAAACGGUCGGUGAAGUGCAGCCGUCAUAUGGCACUUGCUACGUUUCAUACGGCGGAUAG